AUGAAUGGCUUUGCGGAACGCGGUGGCCUCGACGAGGAUGCCUUCGGAGACAAGGGCGCCUUGAGCGCCGUCAAGGCUUUCGAUGCUUUCCCCAAAACCAAGCCUUCGUACACGGAGAAGACUUCGACGGGAGGCGUGUGGACGAUCGUGCUCAUCCUAGCAUCGACGCUCCUAACGUGGACUGAAAUGGGUCGAUGGUGGAAAGGGUCUACGACGCAUAAUUUCGCCGUGGAGCAAGGCGUCGGCCAUGAUUUGCAGAUUAAUCUCGACGUCGUCGUGGCUAUGAAAUGCGAGGAUUUGCAUAUCAAUGUGCAGGAUGCUUCGGGGGAUCGAAUUCUCGCUGGACAGGCUUUGCGGAAAGAUCCUACGAUGUGGGAGUCAUGGGGUAUGAAUCGCUAUACACAUGCUUUGGGAGCUUCGAAGAAGGAUCGGUUGUUGGAUUUGAGUGGUUAUCCCGGUUUCGCGGAGUACAGGGAAGAGGAUGUUCAUGAUCAUUUGGGUGCUGCGCGUGGCAGGAGGAAGAAGUUUGCGAAAACGCCCAGGGUGCCUAAGGCGAGGAUGGCGGAUAGUUGUAGGGUGUUUGGGAGUAUGCAUGGGAAUAAAGUGCAGGGAGACUUCCAUAUUACUGCGAGAGGGCAUGGAUAUAUGGAGUUUGGACAACAUCUGGAUCAUAAAUCUUUCAAUUUUAGCCACCACAUCAACGAGUUGUCGUUUGGACCAUUUUAUCCUUCCCUGGUCAAUCCUCUAGACAACACGUACGCCACCACGGACGGCCACUUUCACAAAUUCCAAUACUAUCUAUCCGUCGUUCCGACCAUUUACACCACCGACGUAAAGCAACUGGCGAAAAUCGACAAAUACCACGAAUCCCCCUCAUCGGGCGAGGACGGCCUAAAGCAAUUCCCCUACCGCAACAGCAAGAAAGCGGUCUUCACCAACCAGUACGCUGUUACGGAGCAAUCGCAUCCCGUAGCGGAGAAUGCAGUCCCAGGCGUAUUUGUCAAGUUUGACAUUGAACCGAUCCAGCUCACCAUCGCGGAGGAGUGGAGCUCCAUCCCGGCUUUGUUCAUUAGGAUUGUUAAUGUCGUUUCGGGACUGCUGGUGGCUGGUGGAUGGUGUUUUCAAAUCAGCGAGUGGGGAAAGGAAGUCGCCGGUCGACGAAGGCGAGGGACCGGGGGGUUUGGUGUGAUUCACGGUGGCUUUGAUGAGAAGCGAGGGGUGUAA